AUGAAUCACCUACCACUACGAAGCAUCUGCCGAAACGUCCACUAUCGUUUCGAAGGAGCCAAGGCAUUGACACGACGAUCACUUUCCAUGUACAGUCUAGAUUCCUCGGAUGGAAACUACAGUGCUAGCUUCAGUUCCAGUUGUGCUGAUUCCAUGAGUUCCAUCGAUUCCGAAAACUCUUCUGCGUACGAGCCCAUUGACGAUCUCGUCGAUCAACUGGUCUGCGAGUCCACCAAGAGAUAUGCUACCACCAACCCAGCCAUCAGAAUAAGCAAGGAGGUUGUGUGGUCUCCGCAACCAAACACCAUUGAACUAGCCGUCAAGAAACUAGAUGCCGUCGGCGAUGCGGGCAAGUCCUACUAUGAAUUGCGGAUAUUGGCCGCCGGAGGUGAACACUAUGUCAACUAUGACACAGCGGCCAUCACCAGUGUGUUGAUUGGAUAUGCCUGUCUCGAUGGUAUUGAUGGAGGUCUCCUCCUCAGGAGAUAUACCUUUCAAGAUUCCCAACAUCUGUACAACUUUUGUGAGCUGUUGGGUGAAAAGGGAAGGUUUGAAGAUGCUGCCUUUUAA